AUGGCGCCCAAGAACAAAGGCAAGGGCAAAGACAAAGACGACAGCAGUAGCAGUAAAGCCGAGGGUGGAGGAAAAGGCUCCGGUAAACUCAAACCAGCAACCUCAAUAAACGUACGCCACAUACUCUGUGAAAAACACUCCAAGAAAGAAGAAGCACUAGAGAAGCUACGCAACGGCGCAAAAUUCGAUGAGGUGGCUAGGGAGAUGAGUGAGGAUAAAGCGAGGCAAGGUGGUAGUUUGGGCUGGAAGGUUAGAGGGAGCUUGAUGCAGGAUUUUGAGAAGGUGGCAUAUGAGUUAGAGCCCAGUACGACGGGAAGUCCAAAGAUUGGCGAGGUGAAGACGAGUGAGGGGUAUCAUAUUAUCAUGGUUGAGGGGAGGAAGUAA